UGACCUCGCUCGAAGAGCGGAAGCUUGUACAGAUUUGUACAGAUUCAUUGCAGGCUCAUGAAAUGAAUAUGUUUCCUUUUCCACCAUUCCCCCUCCCCUUCCCAACAUCUUCCAGUCUGUGCCUUCCAGUGAUGAAAUCCUAUCACAAUUACAUAAUCAGUGACAAUCUAGUUGAUUGCCUGUAAAUAAAAUAUAAUACAUCAAUUUGUUUCUGCAAGAAAGUAUGAGCAUCAAACCUUAUCAAUUACUUAUUGUUGGUGCUGGUUUGACUGCAUCUGUAACAUCUUCCCUGGUAAAGACCACAUUCCCUAAAGAUACUGUAGAAGUUCAUGUUUGGGAAAAGUCACGUGGUGUUGGUGGUCGAAUGAAUACAAACCGAUCAUUGGAAGGACUAGGAACAGUUGAUCUUGGUGCACAAUAUAUCACAUGCACACAACUAUAUGAAAAAAAGCAUAAAAAAUAUUUUGAUGAUUUGAUACAAGCUGAUGUUUUAAAAUCAUUUACAGGAGUGAUUGAUGGAUUGAAAGGUGAUGAUGGUGCUAAACAUUUUGUGGCACCAAAUGGCAUCAACCAAAUUGUUAAAUAUUUCUUCAAUUCUUCGGAUGCAAAUAUUAGCUUGAAUACUCAUUGCCAGGAGUUGAAUCUUGAUCAAAACAACAAUCGAUGGAAAGCCACAACAAAGGAUGGUAAUUCUUUUUACUAUCAUGGUAUUAUAAUUACAAUUCCUGCUCCACAAAUUCUUCAGUUAGAAGGAACAAUUCAGAGAAGCUUGAUAUAUUCUUUCCUCAAGGAAGUAGAAUACUCAUCGCGUUAUGCAGUUGCUUUGUAUUUUGCUCACGAUGUUAAAAUUAAUUUCACUUGGACAGCAAAGUUUAUCAAUGAUCAUCCCUGCAUUAGAUUUGUAUGCAUUGAUUCAGCUAAAAGAGGCAUAUGUAAGUAUGAUAGGAGCCCUUCAAUUUUAAUCCAUACCAGUGUUUCAUUUGUAACACAUCUUGAAGCAACAAUGAAGGAGGUAGAAAUUACCAUAUACAACUACUUUAAAGAACUUUUUCCAAGUGUUCCUCAGCCUGUUUCUACUCGCUGUCUUCGUUGGCGAUAUUCACAAGUCAACAAACCAUAUCCAGGUCAGCCUGGAGCUGUUGUUGUUAGCAAGGAACCAUUGCUCAUUUUGGCUGGUGAUUCAUUUGUGCACUCAAAUUUUAGUGGUUGUGUUGAAUCUGCAAAUGCAGUGCUUGAUAAUUUGAAGAAAUACUUGUAAUUAAACUAAAUAUUUAAAACUAAAUCAUAAUAUACUAAUAAAUUCUAACAGGUGACAUUGGAAUACAAAAGUCAAUAUUUUAUGUAAACCAACACACACGUCUUUUUGUAUUAUGUAAUGUAAAGACUGUUCUCCUUCUCUGUUGCUCAUUCAUCACUUACUACACUUUGAUACA